AUGCCUAGAUAUUGCUUGAAUACUUUCGCAGCCAGAAUCCGCCGCCCGAUCAGGCUGUCGGUACCAAGAGGAAGCGCACGUCCCGCGCAUGUGAUUACUGCCGUUCUCACCGAAUCAGAUGCGAGCGAUAUGGAGGAGAUGAGUCCACAUGCACACACUGUAGAACGGCAUGUGGAGAGUCAAGGCUUAGAGCCAGGCUAUGCUGGCCCUACAAGCAUCUUCCACUUGGUGGGCAGCCUCAAUAGGAGAGACUCUGUAGAGGAGGUCAGAAAUUAUGACGAAGCCAACGACAUAUUCCGAAAUGCCUUGAACUCAAACAGAGAGCGAGCAUCUGAGGGUGUUCUUUAUGGUCGGUAUGAUUUGGCACAUGGGGGAUGGAAGGCGCAGAAUGUCAGCGCCUUGUUGAAAUUGGAUCUUCUGUCAGAGCAGCUAAGUCUCAUCGCGGGCAAAGAGACCAUUCUGGAUGACUUGCUCUUGAUCUGUAUCACAAAGAUUCUACCGGUAUUCCCUGUGGUGACUGUUUCCGAGUGUAUUGGCCGAGACACGCCGCCCGACAUCUUCUGGUCCUAUUACACCAUGAAGGAGUAUGAUUCUACUCCUCACUCUCCGCUACCCAAGAUUGUGAGACUAGUACAGUAUGGUCUAGCUUCUAUGUCUCGAACAGUACCUACCCCAAUCCGACAAAGCAUUGUCAAAGCUGUUCGAGAAGAACUCGAUACGACGUUACAAACAUCAAAGCAGGCAUCGUUGUCGACAGUUCAACUCCUGAUCACCCUGUCCAUAUCCCUAGAGCUGCAUGAUGACGAUCCAACCGAGAACAGGAGUCUCCUCUGGCAAAGAACGGGCUCAGGAAUAAGGGGCGCAUUCGAUAUGGGUCUUCAUCGAAGCGUCUCUCGCAACAUGAUCCCUUGCGGGCAAGUACACAGGAGAAGAAGAGUUUGGGGCAGCUGUGUUGUUGCGGACAGGUGGCUUGCUUUGCAGUAUGGUCAACCUUUGACGAUCGACCUGGACUUUUGCGAUGCUCCAUUGCCGUUUUGGUGGCCGGACCAUGUCCCUGACCUGGACGAUGUCACGGCUAUCCCAGUCUUGCAUAAAGUUGCCCCAUCAUUCAGAUUUCUUACUGAGCUGACAUCGCUAAGCAUUUUCUUGGGACGAGCUUACUCUCUUUCGAGUAGUACACUCCUCCUGGCGAGAUCACAAGACCUGAUGUUCUACAAUCUGCAAAACGAUAUGGAGGCGUGGAAAGCUCAGAUACCUGUUGUAUGGAACUACAGCCCACUGCUGGAAAUUCCAGCCAUGCAAAAUCUAUUGCAGCUCUUUCUGGUGGCCGUGGAGUACACUUUUCUUAGGCCCUUCUUUCCCGGUAAUAUCUCGGGGCUACCUGCUCAUAUAACUUUCCGGCCUACACACGGCAGCAUUGAUCGUCUGGUGGAAAGAGCCAUCAACUCGCUUUUUUGGCUUGCGAGCGAAGAGGGCGCUUUCUACCUGGAUGUAUGGUCUAUGACUGUAUAUCCCGCCAUCUUGUGUAUGGUCGUGGUGACCAGUGGUCUUGUGCAAAGAACAGAUGUCAUCAUCGCUUCAGCUUUACUGGCGGGUUCUGAAGCUAUCAGGUCUUGGUCAGGAGUGGAAGGUCCUGGUGGCAAGUGGGAAAGCAGACAACAGGUGCUUCAAGCUGUCAGACUCCUUCAACCUGCAGAAGAUACAUGA